UUUCGUAAUAUAUUCUUGUGUGAAUGAGCAACAGAAACUUGCAUGCAAAAAGAAAUUCUUGUCUGUUGAUCAUUUUGAAAAUUUCAUCAUUUUUGUUUCCAGAAAAAUCAAAAGUGCCUGCAACCGAUUCAACCGGAAAAAAAUCAUGUCAAAUUUGAUUCCGAAUUCACUACCGUCCACAUCAUCAUCGACAUCGGCAUCAACGUUACCAUCAUCAUCAUCAUCAACAAAAACAAAACGAAAAGCACCGGAUAGAAUAUCCGAUUCAAAUAAACGAUUAGAUGUUGAAUUUCUUUGUCCAAUAUGUUUAGAUGUAUUGGAAGAGGCUCAAGUUACUAAAUGUGGCCAUACUUUUUGUUGUAAAUGUAUUACCGAUAGUCUUUCGGAAGGUAAUAAUCGUUGUCCACAAUGUACACAUUUUGUUGAUCAAUUUUUUCCCAAUUAUUUAUUAAAUGAAUUGGCAUUAAAAUAUAAACGAAUGAAAUCUAUGGAACAGGAAUUGGCCAAAACAAAUCCUGGAAAACGAUUGAAUGAUGUACAGAAAAUGGUUGUUGAAAAAUCUGAUCAACUUGACAUUAAAGAAUUGAAUCAAAUUCUUAGCAUACUAAAUGAACGAAAAAAAGAUCUUGAAACGAAAGCUCGAAUUUCACAAAAUGAAUUAUUAAAAGAAUUUCUUAUGAAAGCAUCACAAAAGAAAAAAGAUGAAUGUAAAUUGCUUCAAUCGGAACUUUCACAAAUUGAUGAUGAUCUAAAGAAAUUGACUGAAACAAUGGAACGAGAAGAAAAUACAAUACCGGUCAACAAUGAUUCAAUCGUUUCGGAUGAUGGUGAAAAAGUUAAACAACCAUCUUCAUUCAAUUCCAUAUCAUUUGGUAUUUGUUCUCAUGAACAAAAUCAACCAACAAUCAAUUUUGAUAUGAAUACUUCCACCAUUGAAAUGAGACGUAAAAAAAUGAAUUUCUAUUUUGAUGAUUUGGAAAAAUGUUAUCUUAAUUAUUGUAAACGUGAUAAUUAUCUUCAAUCGGAUGACAAUGAUUUAUCAAUAGAUCGAAUUGAUGAAUUUCGAAAAGAUCUGAACAAAUUUACCCUAUAUUCACAUAUAAGACCAUUAGCAUUAUUGAAUUAUUCAAAAGAACCAUCAAAUAUUGUAUCAAGUAUUGAAUUUGAUAAAGAUAUGGAAUUUUUUGCUAUUGCUGGUGUGGCUAAAAAAAUACGUAUAUUUGAUUAUAGUGGUGUAAUUAAAGAAUCGUUGGGAAAUUGUUAUCCAAUCAAUGAUAUUGAUUGUACAUCAAAAAUUAGCUGUUUGAAUUGGAAUUCAUAUCAUAAAGCAAUGAUGGCUACAAGUGAUUAUGAAGGAAAUGUUAUCAUAUGGGAUGCAUUUUUAGGACAAAAAUUAAAUCUUUUUCAAGAACAUGAAAAACGUUGUUGGAGUGUUGAUUUUAAUAAAAUCGAUAGUAAUAUUAUUGCAUCCGGUUCAGAUGAUUGUACAGUAAAAUUAUGGAGUACAAAUAUGGAGCUAUCGAUUGCAACAUUAAAUACAACGGCAAAUAUUUGUUCAGUAAAAUUUAAUCCAAAAAAUUUAUAUUAUUUAGCAUUUGCAUCAGCUGAUCAUAAUGUUUAUUAUUAUGAUUUACGACAAACAAAAUUACCAUUAUUAAUAUUGAAAGGACAUAAUAAAGCAGUAUCAUGUGUAAAAUUUUUAAAUGAAAAAGAAAUUGUUGCCGCUUCGACCGAUAGUCAAAUCAAAUUAUGGACAACUGAACAUUCAACUUGUAUUCGGUCGUAUCGUGGUCAUUUAAAUGAUAAACAUUUUGUUGGUCUUACCACUAAUGAUGAUUUUUUAGCUUGUGGUAGUGAAAAUAAUUCUUUAUAUAUUUAUUAUAAAGGAAUGGAAAAACAAGUUCUUAGCUAUUCAUUUAAUGUUAAAUCUGAAAAAGAAGAUGUUAAUGAUUUUUGUAGUGCAGUUUGUUGGCGUCAAUCAAGUAAUGUUAUUGUUGCAGCAAAUUCUCAAGGCGUCAUUAUGAUUUUGGAACUAGUUUGAUGAUCAUAUACGUACAUGUGCCAAUUCUAACUAACUAAAGAAGAAAAAAAAUCAAUAAUCCAUACAAAAAAAUAUGCUGCCUUUAUUUAAACAAAAAUGCCU